GAUUUCUAAGCGCUCCCCAGAGAAUUUAAUGUGCAUCCCAGCAUGAGACCCAGUGCCCUGGACCAACGAUUUCAUUUUGCAGAUGGGAAAACGAAGCCUAGAGGUGGCAAUGUAUUCCAAAGUCACACAGCAAAGGAGUAAGUGCAGAGAACUUCUCUCAUACUGCAGAGCACAAAGCACUCACCUCUUUAUUUGUAUCUCUGAUCCUUUGCUUCCAUUACAGAUAAUCUCAUUUAAUCCUCACAACUUCUGGUGAGGGAGUGGGUAGUCAUUACUUCCACCUUACAAAGGAGAGUAUCAAGGAACAAAACUGUCCAAGUGACUUGCCCAAAGUAGAGGUAAGAACCUAGAAUGUCCUGGUCCAGCACUCUUAACCCCAUGCCAUUGUCAUAUACAGGUUCUAGAAUGAACAGGUCAGUGCUGUGAGGUGGGUUCCAGGUGUAAAGGGGAGGGACUAUGAGGUGACAUUCUAGAAUGGUGGAAAGGGUAGGACUGGAGGCAGACAACUGUUCCCUCACAAACGGGGGCUUUGGGGCAGCCAUGUCCUAUUUCAUGUCUCCACAAACUCAUCAAGGUCUUCUGCCUUCCAGCCAAGGUGGGGCUGUUUCUCCAGGCUCAUCCCUUGGCCUCUAUAGUCCUAUAGAGCCAGUGGUGGUGGCCUCUAGUGGACUAGGCCCACUGGGCCAGAAAGCUGAGCAGGUGGCACCUGUUGCCCAGGCCUGGGGUCUGGCCCUGGCAGUGCCAGAAGCCAGGGGCUGCCCUGGGGGAGCUAGCUGGGAGACACUGCAGCGGAAGGAGUAUGGCCAAUACAACCACAAAUUCCCCCACACAAGACAGCCGGAGAGCUUGGGCUGGGAGGAUGGAUGCUCCAGAAGCAGAGCUCCCCACCUGGGUGGCCCUGGCAGGCCCGGGCCCCUGCUGCUGUGUGGGCUAUCACCAGGGGUUCUACCGACGUCCUCUGAGGCAGUGGGGAAGGAGGCCGGCUCCCAGCCUGACAUCUGCAUCCUCACCCUGGCCAUGAUGAUCGCUGGCAUCCCCACCGUGCCUGUCCCAGGCCUGCGGGAAGAGGACCUGAUCCGGGCGGCUCAAGCUUUCAUGAUGGUGCAUCCGGAGUCAGAGGGGGCCAUGGAGGGGGCGCGGCGGGAGCAGGCACGUGCCCACACAGCCUCUGGGCAAGCGCCUCUAAUGAGAUCCAGGAGAGGCCAGCCUCCUGGCUCCUGCUUGUAGCUGGAUGAAAUAGCACCAGACACAUAGGGUGGCUUCUCUGUAUGGUUUUUGGGCAGAUAGAAUUGGGAGUGCCUGUGACAUGGAUGGGGAUAAGGGGGUUCUUUGAGCCACUCUGGUCAAUACAAGUCUUUCAUCAGGGCCCAGACCCCAGGAAGUUUCUCCAGACACCACUAAGUUAGGAGAUGGUGUAAUGAAAAUUACCUGAGGUAGGGGGCCUGGCUUGGAGUGGAGGCCUCUUUUGUAUUGUUUUGGGAUUCGAUCAAGAUGUCUGGUACAAAGUCCUAGGCAAUGUGAAUUUUCCCCUUGCCUUACAUUUCCCAGCCAGCUGAGGGCAAGUGAUGGGACCAAGAGCAAGGAAGGAAAAUGAACAGUUAUUUGAGCACCCACUGGUCAUGGGCCCAUUACAUGCAUUCUUUAAUCUUAGCAAUGCUGUGAGGAUCUCCAUUUUUACAGAUGAACAGAUUGAGCCUUUUGAGGGGUGACUUGCCUGAUGUCCCAGAGCUAGUAAAAGCUAC